CCACCAGUCACACUCAGUCAGUCAUUCGACUGCAACGUUAUUUCCUGCAGCGAUACGACAUGAGGUGAUGCGCUUUAGGAAACGAUAAAAGCUCGAGUUUAUAGCGUUUGAAUUGAACAAAGGGACAUGCAAUAAGGAAAGAUGAGAGACAGGCUGGCUGAACUGGGAGGUGUUGCCACCAAAGUCCACAGCGAGGAGGAAGAGCAAGUGGAUAGCGGAGAAGAUGUGGACAAUGGUGAAUUUGAACAGCAUGCAGUUGUGUUUGAGGGCGAGGACAUCAUGGAGGACACCUUCAGAGAAGCCCAAUCCAUCCAGAAAGAGAUCGCCCAACUCAGGAUGGAGGUCAAGAGACUGGGUAAACAGAACACACGCUUUCUCACCUCUGUCAGACGCAUUAGCAGCAUCAAACGCGACUCGAACACGAUUGCACGCAGCAUCAAGACGAAAGGGGAGAACUUGUAUGCUCGGAUAAAGAAGCUGGAUGCGCUUUGUAAAGAGUUGGAGGAGAAACACGGAGCCCAUUCAGCUUUGGUGCGCAUGAUACACGGCCAGUUCGUCUCUAUAACGGGUUCUUUUCAUGAGGCUAUGAAUGAAUACAACAACGCCGAAAUGGCACAGAGGGACAACUGCAAGACUCGUAUCCAAAGGCAAGCGGGGAUCGUGGGUAAAGAAGUGAGUGGAGAUCAAAUCGAAGAAAUGAUUGAGACCGGCAAGUGGAACGUUUUUUCCGACGACUUGCUCACAGAAGGGCGAACCGCUCGCUCAGCGCUCACUGAGAUCGAGAAUCGCCACAAGGAGCUUUUGGAGUUGGAAAGUCGCAUCCGAGACAUCCAUGAUCUGUUUUUCCAGCUGGCUUUGCUGGUGGAGGAACAAGGGCCCAUGGUGGACAACAUUGAGGCAAAUGUAUAUGCCACCCAAGACUAUUUGGUUAAAGCUACAGCUCAGAUAAAGAAGGCGGUCAAAUACAAGAAGAAAAACCCUUGUCGACAGAUCUUCUGCUGCUGUUUUCCAUGUUGCAAUAAAUGAUCUCAGUGUUAAAGCCUUCCGAUUUCACAUACGCCAUAGCAUAUUAAACAAACAACAGUCUUUCAUUCUAGAGUUAACCAUGUCAUGUGAUUUACUUUGUAGAGAACAACCAAUGCCCAGUGCUUGCGUUUGAUGGUUGCCAUUGCAAAAAAGCUUUGUGACUUCUUGUAAACCACAGGAGCUGCAAUGCAAUUGAGCUGAAGUGAUACUGCAAUGUCACUGCUACCCUUCUGUAAGUGUCACAGGACAUUCACUUGAUGUGUAAAAGAUAUUAAAAAGGAAACCGCAAGUGUUUUACACCCAUGUACAGUGCAAACAUUACAGAAACAUGUUUUAUUACUGCUUUAUUUUAAGAUACAUUUGUGUGUGUAUGAUUGUUGUGUGUUAAUUUAAUAAAUAAUAUUUUAUCUUUGAA